GAGGGGAGCAAUAGAUUCUACCCAAAUAAUAUAUAAAGUAGAUCGUUGUCAAUCAACAUUAUUCAGUCAUCGUUUGGUUUAAACACUCUUAACAACCAAAACUUAUUUAUUUAUUUAUUUGAAAUGGCUUUCAAAUUCGUCGCCAUAAUUGCCUGUGUAUUGGGAUCCGCACUUGCCGGCCCGUUGGCACCAGCCUACCCUGCACCGUCUGCCUACCCAACACCAGCUGCCUAUUCAACACCAACUGCCUACUCAGCUCCAUCUUACUCCGCCCCAGCUUACAAACCAGCAUAUUCUGCACCAAAAUCCUACGCCCAAGAAGAAUCUUACGCUCCAGCUCCAUACAACUUCGAAUAUUCCGUCAACGACCAAUACACUUAUGAUGUCAAAAGCCAACAAGAAUACAGUGACGGAAACGGAUACGUCAAGGGAUCCUACAGUUUGGUCGAACCUGAUGGCACCAAGAGAAUCGUUGAAUAUACCGCCGACGACUACAACGGUUUCGUCGCUGAAGUGAAAAAGGAAGGAACACCAUCAUACAACUCCGCUCCAGCUUACAAUUCUGCCCCAGCUUACAACAAACCAGCAUCGUACCCAACCCCAGCUGCCUAUCCAGCACCAGCUUCCUACCCAGCUCCAUCUUACUCUGCCCCAGCUUAUAAACCAGUGUACAAACCAGCUUAUCCAACUGAAGCUUAUCCUUCAGCUCCAGCUUACGGAUACUCUACCCCAGCUCCAGCAUACAAACCGGCUUCAUACAAACCACAAUAUUUCGUCGCCAUAAUUGCCUGUGUAUUGGGAUCCGCACUUGCCGGCCCGUUGGCACCAGCCUACCCUGCACCGUCUGCCUACCCAACACCAGCUGCCUACCCAACACCUGCUGCCUAUUCAACACCAACUGCCUACUCAUCUCCAUCUUACUCCGCCCCAGCUUACAAACCAGCAUAUUCUGCACCAAAAUCCUACGCCCAAGAAGAAUCUUACGCUCCAGCUCCAUACAACUUCGAAUAUUCCGUCAACGACCAAUACACUUAUGAUGUCAAAAGCCAACAAGAAUACAGUGACGGAAACGGAUACGUCAAGGGAUCCUACAGUUUGGUCGAACCUGAUGGCACCAAGAGAAUCGUUGAAUAUACCGCCGACGACUACAAUGGUUUCGUCGCUGAAGUGAAAAAGGAAGGAACACCAUCAUACAAUUCCGCUCCAGCUUACAAUUCUGCCCCAGCUUACAACAAACCAGUUGCCUACAAACCAGCAUCGUACCCAGCCCCAGCUGCUUACCCAGCUCCAGCCGCUUACCCAACCCCAGCUGCCUACUCAGCACCAGCUGCCUACCCAACCCCAGCUGCCUACCCAGCACCAGCUUCCUAUCCAGCUCCAUCUUACUCAUCCCCAACUUACAAGCCAGCAUACAAGCCAGCUUACCCAGCUGCUCCAACUUACUCAACUGAAGCUUAUCCCUCAGCUCCAUCUUACAAACCAUCUUAUGCUGCCCCAGCAUACAAACCGGCUUCAUACAAACCACAAUAUUAAGUAAACUUAGUUUUAAAACAAAGUUAUUAAAUUAUUCUAUUUUAUGUAAAUAAAACACUAUUUGUCAUCCAAUA